AUGUCGCUGCCAGCUGUGAGCACGAAGCCUGCUGCGCAGGCGAACGCCAACGGCCUCCCGAUCGAGUACAUGUUCAAGCAGAUCAUGGAUUCCGUGCACAAGUCCCACCUGGAAAUUGCAGAGCUGCGCUCGGAAUGUCACGAACUUAGGCAGGCUAACGCUAGCCUCGAACGAAUGGUGCGGGAUGGGAUUUCGUACAACAACGGAUCCCGCGUCGGCACCCCUGGUUUCACCACCCCCGCACCGGGCAGUCCGCAACUUCGCGCCAAGUCUCCGUUCCUCAGCCCGAACGCCAUCCCUUCUCUAGCUGUUCCCCCCAGCCUCUACGUCCCCUCCCCUCUCAGCGACAACGCGCUAACUCAAUUCCCCUUUGGCAUGCGCGAGAUACCCGGAUUCUACGUCGUCAUCCCCGCCGGUGGCGCCGGGACGCGCCUAUGGCCACUCUCGCGUGAGGACCACCCCAAGUUCCUGCUCGACCUGACUCUCAAGGGUCGCUCGCUCAUCCAGGCAACCUGGGACCGUCUCCUCCCCCUGUCCUCCGCCGUACGCACGACCAUCGUCGCGGGCCCCGCACACGCGAGGAGCAUCACCGAGCAGCUGCCCGACCUCCUGCACCACAACCUGUUCUGCGAGCCGAGCGCGAAGGACUCGAUGGCAGCCAUCGGCCUCGCCGCCGCCGUGCUCGCCAAGCGUGACCCCGACGCCGUCAUCGGCUCCUUCGCCGCCGACCACAUGAUCUCCGGCGACGACGCGUUCCUGUCGGCCGUCGCAGAGGCCGUCGAGGUCGCGAAGAAGGACUACCUCGUGACGAUUGGCAUCGCGCCGUCGCACCCGUCGACGGGCUUCGGGUACGUCCGCUUGGGCGAGAAGCUCGCGCUCGCGGACGCGCCGAACGCGCGGCUGGUGUCGAGCUUCAAGGAGAAGCCCGACGCGCGCACGGCCGCGGCGUACAUCAAGACCGGCAGCUACCGCUGGAACGCGGGUAUGUUCGUGACGAAGGCGACGUUCCUGAUGCAGCUGCUCAAGGAGUACAAGCCGGACUUGCACGACGGGCUGCAGAAGAUCGCGCUCGCGUGGGACGAUGAGAAGCUCCGGCAGAAGACGCUGGACGAGGUGUGGCCGGGCCUGGAGAAGAUCGCGAUCGAUCAUGCCGUCGCGGAGCCCGCCGCGCUGGACCGGAGGGUUGCCGUCGUCCCCGCUACCUUCGGUUGGGACGACGUCGGAGACUUCUCGUCGCUUGCGGAUCUGCUGCCCGCCGAGUCCAACCAACCUCGUAUCCUCGGAGACAGCUCCCUUGUGUUGACGGAGCAGGCGGCCGGGGGCAUCGUCGUCCCUGGCUCGGGACGGCUGGUGUCGCUUCUCGGGGUCGACGACUUGGUGAUAGUUGACAUGCCCGAUACGCUUCUUGUCACGACGCGUGCGCGUUCGCAGGAGGUGAAGCGCCUCGUGAAGAAGUGCAAGGACGCGGGCUUCAAGAACCUGCUGUGA